AUGACGCUGCGCCCCGUGCUCUGCUGGGUAACCAGCAGGUCACCAACAGCCCGCUUUCUCUCAGCUACCGCUCGCCGCGCAAGUUCCCUGCGAGUUCCUCUAGACAUCCCUCCACCAUUUCCAGUGACCAAGUCCUGUCCAGCGCCCAGUUGCUCAUGCCCUACAACACCGGCAAUGCCCGAUGGGCUCCCGAUUGAUUAUAACCAGCCGCUGAAUGGGACAAUGGCAGCCUACGCGCAGCAAAUCCUCAUUUGUACUGGGCAAAGAGAUUGGACAAGUCGUAUCGAAGAUGACGGGAAACAUCAUGCUUGGGGACACCUAGCGAGAGGGUUGAAGCGUCUCUUGGGUCGGGGAGGACACUAUGCUGACCCUUUCAACAACAUUCUUGUCAGCAGCUCUUCCUUUUCUCCGUCCGCUGCUUCUACUAGUACCCCUUCCACCGCGUCUGCAUUUCUCUUUCCCAGUUUCAAAUACUUCCCAUCCAUUCCGACCGAUAUACUCGAUUCUACGGACGCGGGGACCGACUUGUCUACAUUCGUACAAGCCUUCCUUCUCCCCGAAAAGCUCAGUGCUAUGUCGGAGUCUCUUCCUGAGGCUAGAAAGGCUGAACUCACUCGGAAGCUGGAGCUAGCAUCCGAAUUCACGGAUGCUGUGGAUUUAUAUCACUCUCCUGUCAUCCUUAUCUGCGGCCACGGUGGACGUGACAUGCGGUGCGGUGUAAUGGCGCCUGUGCUGGAGAACGAAUUUCGGAGGGUACUUGGUGAUAAAGGAUUCACACUGGCAGGCAGUGGUGAUCACACAAUUGAUAGCCCUGGGCAUGCUCAUGUGGGUUUAAUUAGCCAUGUAGGUGGUCACAAGUAUGCAGGCAAUGUGAUCGUGUAUAUCCCUCCGGGUAUAACGAUGAAAGGUUCUUCCUCUCCGCAUCCUCUCGCAGGCAAGGGAGUUUGGUACGGUCGUAUAGAACCUAGGCAUGUGCAGGGAAUUGUGGAAGAGACUAUCCUAGGUGGAAAGGUGGUCGCAGACCAUUUUCGGGGUGGUAUUGAUCGAAGCGGGGAUAUUCUGCGAUUAUAG